CCAGUGCCCUCCUGUGGCUGGCACCAUGCAGCUCUCUCUAGCCCUCUGUCUCCUCUGCCUGCUGGUGCAUGCAGCCUUCCAAGCCGUGGAGGGCCAGGGGUGGCAGACCUUCAAGAAUGAUGCCACAGAAAUCAUUCCUGAACUCGGGGAGUACCACGAGCCCCCUCCAGAGGCAGAGAACAAGACCAUGAACCGGGCAGAGAAUGGAGGGAGACCUCCUCAUCACCCCUUUGAGGCCAAAGAUGUGUCGGAGUACAGCUGCCAGGAGCUACACUACACCCGCUAUGUGACGGAUGGGCCGUGCCGCAGCGCCAAGCCGGUCACCGAGCUGGUGUGCUCGGGCCAGUGCGGCCCCGCACGUCUGCUGCCCAAUGCCAUCGGCCGGGGCAAAUGGUGGCGCCCGAACGGGCCGGAGUUCCGCUGCAUCCCCGACGGCUACCGCGCGCAGCGCGUGCAGCUGCUGUGCCCGGGCGGCGCCGCGCCCCGCGCGCGCAAGGUGCGCCUGGUGGCCUCGUGCAAAUGCAAGCGGCUCACGCGCUCGCACAACCGCUCCGAGCUCAAGGACUUCGACACCGCGCGGCCGCACAAGGGCCGCAAACCCCGGCCCCGCACCCGGGGCCCCAAGGCCAACCAGGCUGAGCUGGAGAACGCAUACUAG